AUGACGAAACUGGGUGUAAAUGCCUACAGGGAUGAUUUUCGUGAUUACGCGAAACUUUGCGUUUGGGAAUUCGGUGAUCGUGUGAAGAAGUGGGCAACAUUAAAUGAGCCAACGACCUACAUCAUUAGUGGUUAUGUACUUGGUAAAUUCCCACCAGGUCGAGGUAUCACAGUGGGGGAUCCAGGCAGAGAACCAUACUGUGUUGCACACAACCUACUCCUUGCUCAUGCAGAGCACUCAAAAAGGAAAGAUUGGGUCGUACUGGCGACAAUGUGGGCGGAGUCUUUCCAUCCGAAGGAUGAUAGCCACAUUAAAGCUGCAUUGCGAGCCCUUGAUUUUGGGAUUGGAUGGUUUAUGGAACCCAUAACAACGGGACAAUAUCCGGCAAGUAUGAUAAAAUAUGUAGAAGAUCGUCUUCCAACUUUCAAAACAUCGGAAUCAAGGCAGCUCAUUGGAUCAUGUGAUUUUGUGGGAAUAAACUACUAUACUGCUAAAUAUAUAAUCAAUGCAUCCAGUACCCCUGAACGUCCAAGUUAUAUCACAGAUGGUCAUUUUGGUUAUGCCAGUACACCCAUUGGUCCACUGAAUGGUUCAACUUGGAUCAAUGUGUAUCCAAUAGGGCUUUAUAAGUUAUUGACUUACAUACAGAAAACAUAUAAUGAUCCACUUCUUUACCUCUCUUUUGAUUUCCAAAUAAUUGAAGCUCGAAAGGAUAAGUGGAGGACUGAAUAUCUGCAAGACCAUCUCUUAUACAUUCAACUAGCAUUGGAAGUUGGUGUUAAAGUGAAAGGAUACUUUGCAUGGUCGUUGUUGGACAACUUUGAAUGGGAUUCGGGUUACACCUCUCGAUUUGGGAUCAUCCAUAUAGAUUACAGCAAUGGGCUAGCAAGAUACCCAAAAGAAUCUGCCUUGUGGUACAUGAAUUUUCUUCACUAUGCCCCAACCAAGAGACAAAUUGAAGAAAGUGAUGAGAUAGAUCAAGGCCCAUUGAAAAAAUUGAAGAUGUGA